GUGGGGUCGUGUCGUACGCUAGUGGAAAAUCACAUCCGAAACAGUUCGGACGUAAAGCUGCAGCUAGCUAGCUAGGGGGAGUAAGGUAGUGGAGCGUGCAAUGGAGGCGGCGGAGGCUCAGCCUCUCCUGCCGGAGCCGGAGCCGACGAUGCUCGCCGUGGACCGUCUCGGCCGCCCGGCCUCCCGCGGCAGCUCCGGCGGGUGGCCCGCCGCCCUCUUCAUCAUCGGAGCGGAGGUCGCCGAGCGGUUCGCCUACACCGGCAUCGUGGGGGUCCUGAUAAUCUACCUGACCGGCCCGCUCCGGCAGCCGACGGCGGCGGCGGCGGCGGCCGUCAACCUGUGGCUCGGCACCUCGAUGCUGCUGCCGCUGCUCGGCUCGGCCAUCGCCGACUCCUGGCUCGGCCGCUACCGCACCAUCGUCUUCGCGAGCCUCCUCUACAUCUUGGGAUUGGGUAUGAUCACUGUCUCAUCGGUUCUUGCACCGGAAGAGCAAGUGAAACAUGGAGGCAGUAUGGAGUCACCAGCUGAAAGCUCAAAUUUGGCUGCUCACGUGGCUUUCUUCUACCUGUCCCUCUAUGUUGUGGCGUUUGCCCAGGGUGGCCACAAACCUUGCUCACAAGCAUUUGGUGCAGACCAAUUUGAUGAGAGUGACCCUGAUGAACUGGCCUCGAGGAGCUCUUUCUUCAAUUGGUGGUUCUUCGCUUCGUAUGGUGGCAACACCAUGACUGUUUCAAUCUUGAAUUAUGUUCAGGAAAGCAUAAGCUGGCAGCUUGGGUUUGCAAUUCCAUGCAUUGCCAUGGUUGUUGCUCUUGCUAUUUUCUUGAUUGGAACCAGGACUUAUCGCUUCUACCCGCCAAGAGGUAAGGGGAAUGUAUUUGGACAAGUUGGCAAACUGGUUGCAGCACGGUUUCGACAACGGAUAGCGUCGUCAGGUUCAAAAUCACCUGACAGUUCUCAUGAGCUGCUACCUUCAUCAUCAGAGGGGGAUGCCAACAGUUCAAGCAGUAAUUGUGUCCCUCCUGAAGCUGCAGAGCUGGUCAAGUUAUUUCCAAUAUGGGCAUCCAGCCUGAUAUAUGCUGCUGUGAUGGCACAGUGCAUUACUUUCUUUACAAAGCAAGCAAGCUCACUGGACAGAAGAGUAGGUAGCCUAGUGAUACCAGCUGCUUCCAUCCAAUCCGUGGGUAAUGCCUCAAUCAUGGUCUUUCUCCCAAUCUAUGACAGAAUCUUUGUUCUAAUAGCUAGGAAAUACACCAAGAACCCUUGCGGCAUCACGACGCUGCAAAGGAUCGGCGUCGGGUUGGUAAUUUCGAUCAUCAUGAUGAUUGUUGCUGCACUUGUGGAGAUGAGGAGGCUCAAAAUAGCAAGAGAUUUCGGCCUUGUGGACAAACCAGAAGUUGUUAUUCCUAUGAGCUUCUUGUGGAUUAUACCGCAGUACAUUCUGUGUGGAUUGUCUGAUAUAUUUGCUGUAGUUGGAUUGCAAGAGUUCUUCUACGGUGAGGUACCUGACAGUCUGCGCAGCUUGGGCGUGGCUUUGUUCUUGAGCAUAAUUGGAGUUGCCAACUUCAUCAGUAGCUUCCUUGUAUAUGCCAUUGACAAGGUGACCAGUAGCUUCGAAGAUAGCUGGUUUUCUGACAAUCGAAACAGAGGCCAUCUUGAUUACUUCUACUUGCUGCUAACCGUGCUCAAUGCUUUAGGCCUGGCCUGUUACCUAUACUUCGCACAAAUGUAUCAGCAUAGGAAAAAGGUCAUCUCAGUGCAUUGAUAUUGUGGUCAGAGUACAUUUUUUGAUCCACUGGUCCAGUCUCAAGAAUGUAACAUGAUAAAGCUGUGUCUGGCAAAAUGCCGGUUCCAGUGUCCCUCCAUUCACCCAUAUAUCCUAAUACCUACUUUGUAUUCAACAAAUUAUGUGAUCCAUGUGCAAAUGCAAAUGAAAUGCUCCUUAAUUUCA